CUCAGCCAGGGCUCCUGCAUCUGGCAUCUCUAGAGGGAGCUCGGGCAUGAAGCGCAUUUCCGACAGGGGCAAUCUAAUAUAUACAAACGUGGCAUGGUCCACCAGCUGAAUGUCUAACACUAUCUUCACCACCUUCAUUCAUCGCACACCCUCAUGGAGCUUGAAACAGCGCCAUAUCAGCAUCCAAUUAUUUACUGGCAUGCGCAAAACCCACCGGAGACUCCCUCAAGCCACCAUCAAUUCUUCUUUCAGUCUCCGUUUCCUUCUCAUGCACCAUUGUCGGACACCCGUGCUCGAUCGAACGAUACACAAUCUGCAUUCUUAGUUAGAGAGCCUGUAAUCAGGAAUGGCAGCAAAAAGAGGCGGGCUUGUAAUGAAUGUAAACAGCAAAAGUUGAGGUGCGACUUAUCAACGCUCGUCAAUUAUCAAUCACCGGACUUCUGCUCCCGGUGCAAGCGACUCGGACUUGAGUGCAGAAUCGAUCGGAGCUUCAGACGAGAGCGAAAGCGCAAGACGUCAGACGAACUUGAGAAAGAGGUUAAUUCCCUGAGAAGAGAGCUUUCGCGGCGGUCAACAUCAGCUCAGGCAACUGGCGGCGACGUCGCUAAUUCUCACCAGAUUGAUACCAUUAGCAGCGAUGCUGGUAGCACAAGCUCGGUGAAUACUUUUCACAGACAGUCGGGGAUGUUCUCGACCACGCUCCCCAAUAUGACGUCUCCGGUGUCUACUCAAGCUUCCGACCCUCCAGGGACAACUACACGACGAUUUCCCGAAGAGUCGCCACUUACAGGGAGAGACACGAAUCCUACUGGUUUUAUUGCUCGCGCGCCGAGGGCGCUGGGAAGCAUUCAGCUGUCGGCUGACGAUAUUGAUGAGCUAUUUGCGGAGUACUUCACAUACUACCACCCGUUUCUGCCAAUGCUUGAUCCUAGAAUCAGCCCUGCACAAUACUACAACUUGUCAGUGCUCUUGUUCUGGGCAAUUAUAUCAGUGGCAUCGCGGCGUUACGACAAUGACCCUACACUCCUUACUAGAUUAGCUCGAUCAGUUACAAAUCUCACCUGGAGAACCUUGCAGUCUAUACCGCACUCCAAAAGUGUAGUACAAAGCCUAGCGCUUCUCUGUACCUGGCCGUUUCCAACAAGUAGUAGUACUUUAGAUGUGAGCUACAUGUGGACUGGAACAAUGAUGCAGAUCAGCAUCCAGAUGGGGCUCAACCGACCUCUGAAUCCCCAAGACUUCGCAAAGUUUCGGGUUCAGCUCAAUGAUUCAGAGAUUUCUGAACGCGUACGGACCUGGGCAGGCUGUAAUAUCGUAGCUCAGAGUGUCAGCGUUGGUACAGGUCUUGCUGCCCCUGUACAGUAUGACUGGUCCCUAGUAUCAGGUUCGCGAUCAGGCUCUCCUGCGAUGAAGCUAGACCAUGGCCUUGAGGCGCAUUUGAGAAUCGAAAUGUUUCGCGACAAUGUGUCUCGGGCGAUGGCAUCAAGUGUGUCUGAUCCUGUUGGUCUACUUCCCACACACGAGAGACUCUCGCUUUAUAAAGUAUUCUCGAAAGAGCUGGAGGGUAUUGAGGGCUCUAUCAACGAUUUGUCUGAUACUACUCGCUUCUACAUAUCCGCCGCAAGACUACACCUCCAGUCUUUCUACCUCUUCGAUGAGCCCUCAUCCGACACAUACAUCAACCGAAUACUCACGUUAUAUUUUACAGCAACGUCUGUCAUGCAACAGACUCUAGAUACUAAUCAGAGAUCGCAAAACAUCAUCCGCUAUUGCCCAUUUUUCGUGUACCAGACCUCCGUAUCCGCCUCCUUCAUAAUCCUCAAGAUUCUCAAAAACGACUACUUUUCCUCAUUUAUAGACGUGGAAUCUGAACAAAAACUCUUUCAUGCUUCGGUAAGCGUGAUCCGGAAAAUGUCAGUCGCGGACAACGACCUCCCAGGCCGACUUGGGGAUGUGCUCGCCUACCUUUGGACAGAUACUACGCCAAAUCUGAUCAGUGGACCUGGAAAAGAGGGAUUGCAACUCAAAAUAAGAAGUCGAAUGAGCAUGUCUGUAGUCUUCGACUCGCUCUGGCGCUGGAGAGAGCAGUUCCGAGCUCUGCCCAACAAUGAGAAUGGUUUCGAUCAAGAAAAUGAAGGCGAGCCAGGCAUAUCAGAUGCAACGGGAACACAUAGGUCAAUUGAAGAGCAUCCCCCUUUCGCUCCAAACCCAAUGCUGUUUGACUGCGUUGGUCCCUUGGACUUUGCGCUAGAUAAUGUCGAUUUUAGUCCAAUGAAUUAGUCAAUUCGCUCAACCCGUCUCUCGACAGAGG